AUGGCGACUGUCAAGGGAAAUCUUGAGCGAGGGCUGCAACUGUCAGACCCGUCCGCUGCUCUCCACCUCUCGCAGCAGGCCUCCGCGUUACUGACGAAACAGCAAUCUUCCUCGGCUUUCCCGUUUGCUGCUUUCGAAGAUCCAGAUCAAUGGCUUGAGCUCGAGCAGCUCUUCUUAGCCUUUUUACGGACCGGUGAUGACAAGUCCGCGCAUCUUUGUCUCGACCGCCUGGCAGGGCGGUUUGGUCCAGCGAAUGAACGAAUCAUGGGCCUAAGGGGUCUUUACCAGGAAGCGACGGCCAAGGACGGCCCAUCUCUCGAAGCGAUUCUACGAGACUAUAAUAAGAUUCUUUCGGAGAAUGGCGUUAAUGUGCCCGUUUCGAAGCGACGCAUUGCCCUCCUACGCUCUUUAAACAGACACGAAGAAGCUAUAUCUGCAAUGGUGGACUACCUUGAAGCUUUCCCAACAGACGCUGAGGCAUGGUGUGAGCUUGCAGACUUGUAUCAAUCCAAUGCUAUGAGUGCGCAGGCGAUAUUUAGUCUUGAAGAAGCAUUGCUUGUUACGCCGAACUCAUGGAAUUUACAUGCCCGACUUGGUGAGAUCCUUUACAUAUCCACAACGUCGGCCGAUCGAAGUACUUCGUCUACGCAGACCCUAUCCCGGUCUAUCAAACAUUUUCUACGGAGUCUUGAGUUAUGCGACGAUUAUACAACUUCGGAACUUAUCAAACACAUUAAAGAUCUGCCAGAGCACAAUAUUAGCGGUGAAGUUCCGCCUAUAAAGACUCUCGAGGAUAUCGAAGCCAUGGCCAGACUGAAAGCAGAGAAGCUUAUCCAAUCACAGCAAUCGGCCUCUCGUCACCAAACAACACUAGAGGGCCUCCAAUCCUUGCAAGAGCUAGUGCGGCGGACAUAG